UUUAGUACUUUUGUGCAACACGGAGAAAAUAUACAAAUCAUUCGUUUUUUUACGCAGCCAGAAAAUUUAUCGUAGGCAAGUGAAAAAAAUAGUAUUAACACAUUUCUGUUAACAAAGAAGGAAGUUAUAAGGAUCAUCAGCCGUUUGUUCGAAAUUGACGCAGCAGUUCAUUAAUGCAUUGUCACUCUCCAUUAAAGAUUUGAAAAUCAUAAAUGAUGUGGUGAGUGGAGGAGGGGGCGUUUGAUCAGCUGGGUUAAAAUAUAACAGAAACAGCAACAGAAACAGAAGUAGUACCCACCAAAGCCAGCAGCGAAACUGUUGAAAACUAGUGCAGUGUCAUGUUUGGUUUCGAUGGCGAAUAUCGGCGAAGGCCGGUGCAAAGUCUUGGAGGUGCCUCGCACACUUGUGACCGAGACACGGCCAUUCGCAAAGCAGCACUGGAACGGCAGAAACGCAACGAACUCCGACAGAAGGCGAAUGGCGCCGUUGUCCUGCAGUCAUACGCUCGGUCCUUCAUCCAUCGCCAGCGUCGCAAACGAGCUGAGCGCGAAGCCUUCGACGCGUAUCUGCAGCUACAUCGGGAUCGGGUGAACGAGGAUGAGAGUAUGUGUUUCUUGCUGCGACGCCUUAGUUUCUUCUACAGCAGUCGGGUAGCCAUGGACAGUGGGCGACUGAUUGAAAUUUGCCAGCAAAUUCUGCGAAAUCCAUCACGCCUUCUACAGCACUCAGCACAUGAUCCCAUUUGGAUGCUGCGCGUCUGCAAGCUGCUGGAUGCGUGCUUGCUGGAGCUGUCGCUGCCACAGAGUGCUGGUGCUAUACCACUUCGUAUGCUGGAGACUUUCACUACUGUGGCUGCCGUGGAGCGCUAUGUGGAGGAUGAAACGCUCUUGUAUAAAUAUUUGGAUCGAGUUUUUGGCUUCCUCAUUGCCCGCAACUACUUUGUGCGCUUGCGUCAACUGCUUGAUGAGAAGUGUCCACCGCUGGACGGCGAGACAUUGCAGGCGCCCAGUUUGAUGGCUGAAGCGCUGCUUCAGUUGCUUUUGCGACCGCUUACAGUUGCCAGGCGCAUUUCUGCCGGUGAGCAGUCAAAGGUCUUCUGCCAGAAGUUCAUUACUGAAAUCCUGGCUACGCCGCAUACGGAUCCGAUUCGUUAUUUUGUGCUGCCCAACCUGGCGGAGAGUGCAGAGUUUCCAUUUGCAUUGCUGAUGCAAUCGCUACACUUCUUGCUGGAGUCCAAUUCAGUGACACGGUCUGCGGCUGAAUCAACGGACUUGGAUGAGGAAAUCAAACGCAGUUCCCUAUUCUAUGGUGUAAUCCAAUCCAGUGAGGUCAAGCAGUGCAAGUCACAACCUCGUGAAUUGUUCAGUUCGUUUUUACUGAACUCGCUGCUAGUGCUAGAUCGCAAACAACUAGCCACAUUGGAAGAGAGCAACUUGCUGAUCGUUUACGUCCGUCUUAUUGCUGAAAUGAUGCCCAAUAUACUGCAGCUACCCAAGUCGACAUUGCGAAACCAUGCGGCACCACAUCGCCAUACAGACUCUGAUGAAGAUGAUGACUCGGAUGAGUCGGACGAAGAUGAGGACGAUCAGCCGACUUCUCGUACCCUUGACUAUGAUAUGGAGCAACCUUGCCGCCCUGUAGGCGAACUGAGCAGCAAGGAACGCAAUUGCCUUUUGGAAUCAAUAGCCAUAUUGAACGAGACACAACGAGUGGAUUUCAUUGUACAGCAAAUGGAGCCACACAUUGAGAAUGCUCAGCUCAUCUACGCACUCUGCGAGAUCUGUCACAAUCUGAUGAUAUACAAUAAGCAUGCAGUUUACGAGUAUAAAUUGCUCUACACUUUGGCCUUUACGCCCAAGUUUGUGCGUGCAGUCUGGUUCAAACUGGCCGCUGAAUCCACACAGUUGGGCUUCUCUGCGCCACUCACACUCAUUUCUAAGGGCGUUGUGCCCAAGCAGCAAGGUGUGGAUCGCACUAUUCCUUUACUGGCAACGUUUUGUAUGCUAUUCGGACGUCUUCUGCCCACAUUGCAUGACGUCGAAUUUGUGGAACAAAAACUGCUGGUGACGCCUAUCCAGGCAGCUAUACAGCAUGUCCGACUGAUGCCAUUUUCUAUUGCUGAAAUCGUGCAAAUGUCCAAGACACUAAAGGACAUUAGCCUUGGCUUGGUUGAGUUAGCUUUUCGCAGUGUUCUAGGACACACCGAUGCCGAUGACAAAAAGCUGCGUCAACAGAAGCAAAUUUGGGCUAAUUUGCUCAAUGUGGUGGUGUUUGUCCUCAACCAGAUCCAUACGCGUGACUUGCGACUUGGGUUCUGCCCGGAAGCACAUUGGACAGUCAGUCGAUUGGAUUUGCCAUUGGACAGGCCAACGGAUCUGCCUUUGACACACAGUAGUCGCAUGCGUGGCAUACGUCCAUUUCAGCCUAUUCGUGAUUUCACGCGUGAAGACUUUGAGAACGGCCCGCCCAUGUCAACCAAACAGAAACGUUCCAUAACCAUAUUGCGUGAAAUACCCUUUGUCGUCGCAUUCAAUAAGCGCGUGAGCAUCCUCCAGGGUCUUGUUGCGGCGAACAAAAUGCGGAUUCAGGGCCACCAGCAGGCAUUCUUACAGGGUCCCUCCAUAAUGAUCACUGUGAGGCGUUCCCAUCUUUACGAGGAUGCAUACGACAAGCUGCGUCCUGAGAAUGAACCGGAUUUGCGUCUCAAAUUUCGAGUACAGUUUGUGUCUUCGUUGGGACUGGAUGAAGCGGGCAUUGAUGGUGGCGGUGUUUUUCGUGAAUUUCUCUCGGAACUUAUCAAGACUGCUUUUGAUCCCAAUCGGGGCUUUUUUAUGGUGACAACUGACAACAAACUGUAUCCUAAUCCAAAUGUGGCGGAUUUAUUUGGUGACUUUGAGAAACAUUAUUAUUUUAUUGGACGUAUUGUGGGAAAAGCAAUCUAUGAAAAUCUGUUAGUGGAGCUUCCGCUGGCGGAAUUCUUUUUAACAAAACUAGCUGGCAAAUAUUCGGAUGUGGAUAUACAUCAAUUAGCGUCACUCGAUCCGGAAUUAUAUCGCAAUCUGCUUUAUCUCAAAGACUAUACCGGCGAUGUUAGUGAAUUGAAUUUAGAUUUCACAGUCGCCAGCAGUUCAUUUGGGCAAACACAGAUUGUGGAACUAAAGCCGCAAGGUCAGAGCACGCCGGUGACUAAUUCAAAUCGCAUCGAGUAUCUACAACUGAUAGCCAACUACAAACUAAAUGUUCAGAUAAAAAGCCAUUGUAAAGCCUUUCGUAAAGGUCUAUCAAAUGUUUUGCCGAUUGAGUGGCUUUAUAUGUUCAGCAACAAGGAGUUGCAAAUACUCAUAUCUGGCGCGGAAAUUCCGAUUGACUUAGAGGAUCUUAAAAAGCAUUGCAAAUAUGGCGGGGAAUACACGCCGGAGCAUCCCUCCAUAGUAGCAUUCUGGACAGCGGUGGAGGGCUUUGAUGAUCUGCAACGUCGUCAGCUCCUUAAGUUUGUCACAAGCUGCUCCCGUCCUCCAUUGCUAGGAUUCAAGGACCUGGAUCCGCCAUUCUUCAUACAGAAUGCUGGCGAUAUGGAGCGCCUACCUACAGCCAGCACCUGCACGAAUCUGCUGAAGCUGCCGCCCUUCAAUAGCGUUGAUCAAAUGCGCGAAAAGCUGCUCUAUGCCAUACAGUCCGGUGUGGGCUUCGAACUUAGUUAA